CAGGCCGACAUAACCUUCUUUUGGCUGUAAUUUUCGUCCGUUACCUUUUACCGAAUCUCUCGUUCUAUGGCUUCUUGCCCAUUCAGCAGGCUCUGAAUUAGUAUUACCUGUUUUUUCCCCACGUGCCUAGGGACGCGAUUCCGACUGUAAUAAGAAAGAAAAACUAAUAGAGAAGAGGAGGUAUUGGUGGUUGUCGGGUUGGUGACUGUGCAUUUGGAGAUACAAGCGGACUUGGAGGACUGGACAUCGUCCGAAAAGCGACUUUACAAGUACGAACGCGAAGUAAUUAAUUCGUCCGAAGCGCAAUUUCGUUCAAGAUGCAGUACUACGAUAUGGGCGAGAAGCCCUCGGAGAGGUCAAGAUGGACGCCGUUAACAAGAAUGUUGCUGUCGGGAGAGAUGACGCAGGAACGGCAAAGAGAGCUGACGAUGCGAGAAAAAUUCGAUAAGUGGAUGAUCAACGAGGGUUACCGAAGAUUUUUCGUCUUCGUCUUCAUGAUUCUCCAUGCCCUUGUCUUCGCUUUCGGUUUCGUCAACUACGCCGUCAAGGACAAUCUGCAAGUAGCGAGAGAUACCUUUGGACCGACUUAUAUGAUUGCGAGAUCUUCGGCCUUGGUUCUCCACGUGGAUGUGGCCAUGAUUCUGCUGCCGGUCUGCAGGACAUUCAUCUCGAUGGCACGACAGACGCCUCUUAACGGUAUUAUCCAAUUCGAUAAGAACAUCACGUUCCAUAUCACUACCGCCUGGUCCAUCUUCUUCUUCUCCUGGGUCCACACGAUCGCCCAUUGGAACAACCUGGCGCAGAUCGCUGCCAAGAACAACCUGGGAUUCUACGGGUUCUUGGUCGCCAAUUUGGUGUCAGGUCCGGGUUGGACAGGUUAUAUUAUGUUAGUAGCGCUCACUGGUAUGGUUAUGACCUCGUACGAGAAGCCGCGACGAGCAAACUACGAACGUUUCUGGUACACUCACCACAUGUUCAUCAUUUUCUUCUUCUUCUGGUCCUUCCACGGUGCCUUCUGCAUGAUUCAGCCUGAUUUCGCGCCGUUCUGUAUCUCGAUCGGUACCUCGGCCAUCGGUGUCUUCUGGCAGUACUGGAUGGUCGGAGGAUUUGUCUACCUAGCCGAACGAGUUGCUCGUGAAUUGCGUGGCCGCCACAAGACCUAUAUCUCGAAGGUUAUUCAGCACCCGAGUAACGUGUGCGAAAUUCAAAUCAAGAAGGAAAACACGAAGACCCAGGCUGGACAGUAUAUCUUCUUCUGCUGCCCUGAAGUCUCCCUAUGGCAAUACCACCCGUUCACUUUGACAAGUGCUCCCGAGGAGGAUUAUAUUUCUAUCCACGUCCGUAUGGUGGGCGACUUCACGAAAUCGUUAGCUAAGGCUCUCGGAUGCGACUUUGACCGCAAAGAUAAGGAUGCGUCAACGGUUGUAGGUGUCAACGGCCAGGGUAACGAGGUGGAUCCCGCCUUGAAGAGAGUCCUACCCCGAGUUUAUGUCGAUGGGCCGUUUGGUUCGGCUUCAGAAGAUGUGUUCAAGUACGAGGUCUCAAUGCUCGUCGGCGCUGGUAUCGGUGUUACUCCUUUCGCCUCUAUCCUCAAGUCGAUCUGGUACCGAAUGAACUACCCCCAGAAGAAGACCCGUCUCGCCAAGGUGUACUUCUUCUGGAUCUGCAGAGAUUUCGGUUCUUUCGAAUGGUUCCGUUCGCUGCUGAUGGCUAUCGAGGCUCAGGAUGUUGACAACAGGAUCGAGAUUCACACCUAUCUCACCGCUAAGAUCAAGGCCGACGAUGCUACAAACAUUAUGAUCAACGAUGCCAACGCUGACAAGGAUACCAUUACCGGAUUGCGCAGUCCGACGAACUUCGGACGUCCCAACUGGGAUAUGAUCUUCCGAGGUAUCAGGAAACUGCAUGCGCCGGCCGAGGCGGGUGUGUUCUUCUGUGGACCUAAGGGUCUAGGUAGUUCACUCCACGUCUUCUGUAAUAAGUACAGCGAACCUGGAUUCUCCUUCGUCUGGGGUAAAGAAAAUUUCUAAAAAAAAGAAAGUUUGUAUAUACAAGAUUUGGCCGACAUUUGUGCCAAUACAAUCCAAAGCAUCACCCUAUCACCGGCGCCGGACGCAGAUGGCCACUGUAUUUACCUAAUGUAUCGAUCGGAGGCAAAAUAUUCUGGUUUUCCUUCGCUUGGGAUAGAGUGCGCGUUCAUUGCUGGACUUGGUCACCGUAGACAUGUUGGGAUGUGGCCAGGACUCCCCCUUAAUUAGCUCAACAAGCAAAAACCAUACUCUAUGAACACCUGGCCGGACCAAACCAUGACGAGAUAAAAAUUAAUAUAUUAGAUUCUUGGUUGCCGGCGAUGUGCCCUUACGAUAUACGGAGACGAAAUUGGAAACUCGGAGCUUACAAGUAGAUGUUGAUACCAUAUAUAUACCUACCCCUACCCUUGUAUCUAGUUUUUACCUAAACUUGCAAUAUCUUUUUUACAGUUACGAAGUACAUUUAUACUCUUACUUUACGUCAUUUUAUUGA